CAGACUGUAAAGCAAUUGACAACAAGAUCUGUCAGUCAAAAAGUGGUCCAUGGUUAAAGAACAUCCUGACUAAUCUCAAAGAAAGUGCACAUGUGGAAUCAAGUAUCAUGGGUCCAAACACAUAUCUGUACACGUAGAAAAAGAAAAUACAUAUUUGAUAUCUGUAUAUCUGCAUGUGAAAGGAACAUAUGAAAAUGAGUAUUCCACUGACUCCAAGCAAGGCAUGCUGCACUGACAGAGAGAACAAUAGCAAUGAUGAAAAAAAUGAUAAUGAAAGUGUGGCCAGUUUAGGUGACACAAAUGCCAAUCAAAUUUUCACAACAAAGAUAUAUGACGACAAAGAUGAAAUCUGCAGGGAGGACAAAACAGUUGGGCUUGGCACUUGGCAGUCAGAAAACUUCACGCAUUCAGAAAACCUCACGCAUUUGACCAAGGAACCCAGUAGGCUGGUUGAAGGGAGCAUUGACUCUCCAACAAGUGAACAAAUGUUAGGUGCUCAAAGAUUGCAAGCACCAUCAAAUCGAGAUCUAAGCAAAGAAUAUAUGACUGAUGAUGCUAAGGACAGUUUAAAAACCUUUAAUAUUCAAGGACAAUCUCCUCUAAAUUCAAAAGUCAGCUUUUAUGACAGAAGCUCCCAAAUUUCCAUUAGCAAAACAAAUGAAUCUUCUAUAGGAAUUUAUAAUAAUAGUCUUAGUAACGUAACCCAAACUGAACGUUCUAGGGUAAAAUCAGGUAUUCCUUCGCCUAAAUCAGAGCCUUUUCAAAAAGAACAUAUCUCACCUACGCCAUCUAUAGAUUCACCUUCUAGAUACUCGCAAUACCUUGAUACUUCAAAUUCUGGUGUUAAAACAACAGACAUAUCUGCUCCGGCUGACCAUUCCUUAGGAAUAUCUUCUCAUAAUCUAAGUAAUACCUCAGAGGAGAAGAAAAUUGUACUUUAUUCUAAAACACCUACCUCAAGCAUCACUGGCCCAGAUUCGUCAAUACUUGACGGAACCGUAACCCAUGUUAACAAGCAAAGCACAUUGCCACCACCUACUCAUGCAGAUGACCACUCUCGUUUAAUCUACAAACCUCAGGUAAUUUGUAACAUACCAGAAGCACAACUAUAUCAGGGUCCAACCAACAAACUAUCAGAACUACCAGACUCUAAAAUGUUGCAGUCAAAACUGCCUUCCCCACACAGACUAGAACAUAUAUUGCUAGGAGAGGCAGCUGCAUCAAGGAGAAUGGACAGUGUGUUUGAAACCAGAAGAUCGCCUCUGUCUUCUCCAUGUGGUCAGGUAGCUGUUCCUCAUACAAACAAAGUGGUUAAGCCACCAGGGACAUUUCUAUUAACUAGCCCUUCCAAUACAAGGCAACACGAUUAUCAAGCUGAUGUAUCAUUCAGCGAAACAAAAGUGCCAUUCUCUCAGGUCUGUAACAUUCAAACUGGUCAUGCUCAAGAAUUGGAGUCCUUAAGAAAUAAAGAGUUGAGCAGCAAGCCUGUGAUCAGAAAAACAACAUCACUCACAGACUCUCUGGAUAAUAAGAUCAGUGUGAACAAAGACAGGCAUUCUGCACAAGAUUAUCUCUGUCAGGACAGUGACAAUUUUCUUUCAAGCAGCAAUGUGAUGACUUUGAAGGAUAAAAUUGCUGUGGUUGACAGUAAAAGGGCUUUCCUUGGACGAAAACAUCAGUCAGAUGUUUUAAAAGGCAGUUUGAAAGAGAGUCAUAGGGACCCAACAGAUUCUGUUUUAUGUACUCCUUCUUUUUCGUGCCCAGUGGCGGCUGUUAAUAUUAAUGAUCAGCGCAUUGCCUCACCGAACAGCUUUAAGGAUCCUAGCACAGCUCAUGUUGACAGAUUGUCACCUUCCCCAGUGCUACCUCCUAUUGAGAGUACACAGUUGUUUAACAUAUCCCCUAAAGCUACUAACAAGACUCUUUGUAACAGCGGAAUACCGAAACCCAUACUGGUACAUUCCAAACCUUCCAUUACUAUCCAGGGAGAAACAGAAAUAAAUCAUAAUAUAAAGCCAGAGGAAACAAUGGAACAAAUGCUCAUUGCUCCGAUACCUAAACGUGUACGGCCUAAAAUCAUCACAUAUAUCAGAAGGAACCCCCAAGCAGUUGAUAGACUGCCAUUUGGGCAGAUGAACAUGCCAUAUGUUCCUCCAUCUUGUAAUGUUCCAAUACCAAAGGAGCAUGAUAUAUUGAGUAGUGAUGGUAAAUCCACCAAUGUGUUGCUGGAUAAAUACAAAACUGAUGUACACAAACCACGAAUAUACAGCACUGGUCUGAUGAUUUCUGGCAUAAGGCCUCCUGGGCAUCAUUCUCUAGAAGAGACGGGUGACAGACAGAGAAAGGAUGACUUCUGCUCUUCAACAUUUACUCAUUAUGAGGUGCCACCCACCUUCUACAGAUCCACCAUGAUUCUGAAGCCACAGCUUGGAUUAGGUGCCAUGUCUAGACUCCCAUCAGCAAAAAGCAGAAUACUGAUUGCAAGUCAACGGUCCUCAAGUGGUUCUAUACCUCAUCAAGAACUGGUAACAGCAGCUGCAACAAGCUGCAACCAAGAGGCAACAGAUGAUAUUAAAAAAGGCUCUAUUCUGAAUGGAGCAAAGUCAAAUCUCCCAAAGCCUUGCCAGAUGGCCCUCCGUCCUCCUGGCUAUUCCAGACUUCCAGCGGCUAAACUUGCAGCCUUUGGAUUUGUACGGAGCUCUAGUGUGUCAUCACUUUCCAGCAAUCAGUCCAGUGAGAGCAUCCAAAGUGAUCAGAGCAGAGCACCUAACACAGGUACAAGCUUUGUGCAUGAAGACCAGCCUGCUCAAAAUACAGUCUUGCAUUCAAAGGAGAUCCCCAAGGGGACAAAUAGGACAAUCUUGGAAGUGUGUAACAGCACAAACGCUCCCCGCAGGAGUUUACUUCCAGCAAAGAAAACAACCACAUCACCUGCUGGAUUAAAAAAGGAAACACAAAAAGAUCAAGAAGUGGUCAAACAGACUAUAUCAUCACCGAAAAAACAAGCCACAAAGUUGAAUUCACCAGGACACCCCAAGCUGAAGCCAAGCAUUGUAAAGAACGGUUAUCCUGCCAAGUCUGAGACAACCACCAGAGAUCCAGAUCGCCACUGUGCGCACAGACUGAAGGAGAAAUGUGAAGAGAAGACUAAAGAACUUUUGUUUAUACGAGAAGAGUUUAAAAAAGCCAGGUGUGCAUUCGUCGUAUUUGCAGUGACAACGCAGUAUUUCUUUAGUAAGAGUGAAACUAGUCUUAUAAAAGAGAGAGAGCUGCAGCUGGAACUUGCUACAAUCAGAGAUGAAGUGGCAUUCAACACAGCAAAGUGUGAGAAAUUACAAAAAGAGAAGGAGGAGCUGGAAAUUAAAUUUGACAAUGAAGUGAAGAAGCUUGAAAGAUAUCAAGAGGAAGAACUUCAAGCGCUGAAGGAGCGCCUACAGCUACAGUAUGAUGAAGAGAUGGAGCGGCUACGAGCUGAAAAGAGUGCCCAGCUGCAGAAGAUCUUAUGCCAACACCAGGGACAAAUUGAAGACAUGUCUACAACCCAUGAAGCUGUUCUGCUGGAGAUAAAGAAUGUCCAUUCAGCUGCUGUAACUGCAAUCCAUGAAGAUCACGAGAAUAGUGUUUAUGAGUUGAAAGACAGUCAUGAGUUAGAGAAGAAAGUGCUUGAAGAUGGUUUUGAAAUAUUGCGCCUAUCAUUACAGGAUCAAGUUGAUACUUUGACGUUCCAGAAUCAUUCGCUGAGAGACCGGGCAAAAAUGUUUGAGGAAGCACUAAUGAAGAGCACUAAGGAACAGCUGGAGAUUGCUCUUGCCCCCUAUCAACACUUAGAUGAAGACCUGGCCAGUGUGAAACAAGUAUUAGAAAUGAAGAAUCAGUUAAUCCAUCAGCAGGAAAAGAGGAUCAUGGAGCUGGAAAAACUGGCUGAAAUUAAUGUUAUCUUGGAGGAGAGGAUUCAGGUUCUCCAACAGCAGAAUGAAGAUAUGAAAGUCCGGAUAGAUAAGAACGUUGCAGUCACCAGGCAACUGUCAGUAGAAAACGCCAACCUGCAGGAGAGCGUUACGAAAGAGAACAAGGAGAAGAAUAGAUUAAGCCGCACCAAUGAGGAACUGGUUUGGAAGCUGCAGACUGCCGAUUCCAUGAGCCCCAUUAAAAACCCGUCAUCGCCUAUAAACCGCUCAUCUUCUUCGAGUCCUUUAUCGCCCUCUAAAAUCAGCUCUGCUCAGAGAUGACACAAUAACAUUCAAUAAGUGGCAAGCUUUACACCCCGAUGUCCCAAUGCUUUUGCAGUAAGCGGAGUGUGACGGCAAGCAGAAACCGAUGUACCCUUCUAUACAUUGGAGAGAGAAAGACCCUUUUUGAUUAUAAACUAGAAGCUAAGGAAACAAAAAAACAUUCCACUACAAUCACAUAAAACGGAGAAGCCACAUCAAUAUUUCAGGUUACAUACAGUCCAAUAUGCUGGGAUACUAUAUACAAAAUAUUUAUUGUAUACAUGAUUGCACACACUUUACAGGUUUACUUGUACGUAAAUAUGCUUAUCUGUGUAUAUAUGAACUAGAGCUUGUCUUUCUCUCUUUUUUUUUUUUUAUGUUUUUUUUUUAUCGUGCUGCUGAUCUGUUUAAAUCAGCAAUUUUUCUAACCUGUGCCUAUGUCUUCUACCUGACUGGGACAUUUGUGUCCACUCUGUUUUUACUGCUUGUUGUAAGGAGAUAACACUGAUCCAUACAGAUGUACAAGAAGAAAAUCGCCUUCCAGACAGAACAACACAAUCACCAGCUCUAGCAAGUUAAUACUGGACAAUGCUGCCUACGCAAUAAUCCAACGCUUUGCUCGCAUGUCAAGCCUUUUCAUUUCCUGUGAGUGGCUUCUGUAGAGGCCCUCAGCUAACUGUCUACUUUUGGACUUGACUUUUUUGUACGUUUUCAUGACAUGGCCACCAGAGGGUGCUAGGCUGCUUCUCAACUGAGAGCCACUAAAAGCCAGACCUCUAAAGAUGUACAUAUAAGGCCUUUACUUUUACAAUAACAGCGAGAAAAAAAAAAUCUUUCCGUUUCCAUUGACUUGGACCCAGUUAUGUUGGAUUUAAAUUCAUUAUUGUGUUAUUCCUAUAUGCUUCUGAAUCUUCCAUAUUUUGUUUGUGUAGGGAAAUACCCUUUUCAUAGCUCUUUUUUGUAUAUUUUGUAACACACAAAUGUCUAUAGGAAUCUGCCUGCGAAAAAGCACCUAAUUUUCAAUUAGUUCUGAUUGCGAUUCUGUGCAAUUUUAUAACUUGGAGGUAAUUAGAAGAUAGAGAUAUUUAUUUUGGAAUGUAAUUCACCUCAUGGUGAGUUCUUUUGUGUAAAGCAGAAUGGAAGUAGAGUGUAAGUUUUGUAAUUGUCGUUUAUUCAGCCAUGUCUCAUUAGAUUUGCUCAUAUAUGUAUUCACCUCUUCCACUGUGAUAAAGAUGCUGCAUUAGUGAGUUCA